AUGUCAAAAAAAAUAAAUAUAACAAACAUCAAUGAUUUACCAUUGGAAUCACUUAUUGUUUUAUUCCAAUAUGUAAAUAGAUCGAAUAAUGCAUCCUAUUGGUUUGUAAAUCAUUCAUUGGUGUGUAAAUUAUGGACUACCAAGGUUUUACCAGUUGCUUGGAGUGAACUUUCCAUCUCUACCAAUCAACCACCAGAACCAUUAGUUAAAUAUUCAGAGCGUGGAAUUGUAUCUGGAGGUGAGAAGGUUGUAUAUCGUCGUAUUGUAAUGCGUAUCGGUAAAGUGUUGGACUACAUUGUGGCGCUAGACACUCUAACCACCAUCGAUCUUAGAAACAAUCCAAAUACCAACUCGAUUGUCGACCGUUUGGCUGAUAAUCUAAAGACCAAUAAAUCAAUCACCUCACUCAACUUGUACAACAACAGACUCAUGCAAAAAGGUGGAACAUCCAUUGCCAAUGCCCUCGCGCGUAACACCCAUCUCCUACACUUGGAUCUCGGACUCAAUAUGCUUGGUGCCAAUGGUGGUAAUUCAAUUGCAGAGGCUAUGAAAAAGAACAACACACUGACUCAUUUAGAUUUGGCAUCGAAUCAACUCAGCUUCAGAGGUGCCGGUCCCAUCGUGGAGGCACUCAAAGUAAACAAGUCAUUGAAAUAUCUUGUACUCCACUCCAAUCAGCUUCGUGAUGAAUGUGGAUUGCCAUUGGCCGAUGUCCUCCGACAAAACCAAGGAUUUGUAGUAUUGGGAUUGAACGACAAUGAGAUUGGUGCCAAGAGUGGUGUUGCACUUGCUCGUAUGCUUAAAACAGUAAAAUCUUUGGUACAGAUUGAUUUCGGAAAGAAUGAACUUGGAGAUGACGGUGGAUUAGCUAUGGCCGAUACAAUCAAGACCAACAAAUCCAUUAAAUCUAUCAAUCUGUCAUGGAAUAAGUUGGGUGCCAAGGCAGCCAAAGCUAUUGCUGAUGCCAUCAAGUUGAACACUUCAAUCACCACAUUGGAUCUCAGCUUUAACAACAUCGGUGCUGAAGGUCUGUCAUCGUUGGCAGCAUCUUUGGCCACCAAUCAAUCGAUUCAUACAGUAGAUCUCAGUCGUGUAUCGGCAUCCACACCCGACGGUCACAUUGCACUGGCCAACGCUUUAAAAACCAACCGUAUCAUCAGCCACCUCGACCUCAACAACAGUAAACUUAGUGACGAAGCCGGUAUUGCCAUUGCCCAAUCACUCAUUGAAAACAAAACAAUCUCUACUCUAGUGCUAUCGAAUAAUCCAUUUGGAGCGUCGGCCAUCAAAGAGCUAUCGAGCGCACUCACCAAGAAUCGUAGUCUCGCAACUCUCUACUUGGCAGCGUCAGUAAAGAUCGAAGGUGUGGAGCCACUCUUUGAAGCACUCUCACAAAACAGCACAUUGACUACAUUGGACUUGGCCAACAAUCAAUUCGGAGCAGAGGGUGGAGCUAUGAUUGCCAAACACUUGAAACAGUGCAAGCAUCUCUUGGAGUUGUCGAUUCAAAACAAUCAACUAGGAGUAUCUGCAAAUCAAAUACUCGAUUCUAUCCCCCAAUCGUUACAAUGUAUCGAUCUAUCGAACAACUUGAUUAUGCCAAGCUCAGGUACAUCAUUGGCCAAUGCCCUACAGAAAGAUCAACUCUCUAAGCUCAAUAUCUCACAGAACAAACUUGACGAUGACAACUCACAGCCACUGGUACAAGCAUUAUCAAAGACCACCGCCUUGGUUCACAUUCAAAUCAUUGCGAAUCAAUUCACAAAACAAGCAAACAAUCAACUAUUAGAUUGUAUUAGAAAGAACAAAUCAAUCUAUUUCUAUGAUUUAGUUGAAGAGAUUUAA